AGUCAGCCUUGUCACAGCAGAGGUCCUAUUUGACUAAUUAUCACAGCAGUACAGCUAACCUCUAAUACCUCUAAUACCAGUCAACACGACGUGUUAAACUCUGCUCUCUGAAUGGGACACUCUAACAGCCGGCAGAACUCACCUCCUCGUAGUAAACGAGCAGCCUAAUGCCGCAGACAGGAGCCGGGCUGCUCCAGAAUCAUUCAGCCCAUCCUGGGAAAUGACGGAUCAAACCAGGGUCAUCCCUCUUUUCCGUCUUUAGUGUGGGACCUCUCUGGCAGCUGCUAAUGAGACAGUCAACGAGCGGAAGGGAGCACUACGGUGGAUCCGACAGAGUAGGAUCAUGUGAGCCAUGAAGGAGUAAAACAGUAAAACAAGACCAUCCACCAGCACACACUUAAUGCCUCUAUAGCCAAAUGAUGGAAGGCUGCAAUGAAGGUUAAACUUGUCAAUGGAUCUUUAAAUAAGACAAGAACACAUUUCGUUUAAUUUAGAUUUCAGUGCGAUUACAAUUUACGACGGCUGCGCUCUAAAGGCAGCUACCGCUAGGAAGCAGCGGAGGUUGUAUGACUUCGUAUUGGAACCCGGCCCAUACGCGGAAGCUGGCCUUUUACCCGGAGUUGUUUGCUCCGGCUAUGACGCCGGAUCACACUGUCUCGCGGAGAUGUUCCCCUUCAUACGGUCCCACGUUUUGCCGAUGGUUAAACUCUACGUGCUCGGCUUUAAAGUUCUCCUGGCUCAGCUGGUCAGCAGAGCGUUCAGGUUGCCAGUGAUGCCCAGACAAGAUGGCAAGGUUGCCAUAGUGACAGGAGGAGGCAGAGGAAUUGGCUAUGAGGUAGUCCGCCACAUGGUCAGACUGGGGGCGCACGUUAUCAUAGGUGGGAGGGAUGAACAGGAGGGUCUGGCAGCCGUCAGAAGAAUCUGUGAAGAGCACAAAGAGGCCAAAGUGGAGUUCCAGAAACUGGACCUAGCGUCUUUGCAGUCGGUCCGCCACUUUGCCCAGAGCUUCAAGCAGCGAGCCCUGCCGCUCAACAUCCUGGUCAACAAUGCUGGCGUCAUGCUGGUUCCUGAGGCGCGCACUGAGGAUGGAUUUGAGCAGCACUUCGGGGUGAACUAUUUGGGCCACUUCCUGCUCACCUGGCUUCUCCUGGACACGCUGAAGGAAUCUGGGAAACGCGGGCACGUCUCCCGUGUGGUCAACGUCUCCUCGUCCGCUCACCGCAUUGGCAGCAUCCACAUCAAGGAGCCAGCAUCUAGCUGCCCCCAUUACUCAGCCCAUGCUGCGUAUUGCCACAGUAAACUGGCCCAGCUGGUGUUCAGCUCCCACCUCCAGCAGGAGCUGCAACGUGGACGCUUUCCUGUGAUUUCAUGCGCUGUGGAUCCCGGGAUGGUGGCUACUGCGCUGUAUCGUCACCUGUGGACGCCCCUGUACCUGGUGCAUAACAUCAUCGCGUGUCUGCUUUACAAGACUCCUGAAGAGGGCGCUGCCACUGUGCUCUACGCUGCGCUGUCACCGGCCCUAGAGGGGGACUGUGAAGGAGGCUACUGGGCCAAUGGGUGCAGGGAGAUGACAACGCCGCCGACCUUUGACCCCCAGCUGAAGCGGAGCCUAUGGGAGACCAGCCUGCAGUUAGUGGGUCUGCAGUAGCAUGUGACUGAAAGACGACCAACGGGACUAAAGAUCAAAUGUAGACUCUUGACUGGGGUCAACCAGCCAACUCCUCCAUCACACUCCUUGGUUUUUGGUUCAUACCUCAUAUCGAGGUGUUUGUAGCGAUUUAUGUUGACAAUCUCACAAUUCACCGCUGGACUGUGAUUGGUUAUUUGGGAAGUGAAGACCUUUUUUUUUUUUUUUUAUGGACCCGCCAAAGAAGGGCUACAGUGGAUGGAAGACUUGAGUUUUUUUGUUUGCUUCACUGCUGUGAGCAAGCAAAACAAUAUGUACACACACAAACACACCCUGGGGUUUCACCCGUGUACUGGCAUCGGCAGUUACUGAAAUUCAAAUGUCAUUGAUCUCUAGUUUAUUCCCUGGUCCCCGGGGAUUGUUCCAUUCCAUUCUGCCUUAAUGUCACUAGUCUGGCUUUCAGGUAGGUCUGUAAUUGUGCACAACAAACCCAGAUGUUUUUCCUUAAGAAAUACAAUUAUUGGCAAACAUCAAAGUGAUUUUGGACCUGAAAAUACUUGUACUUUACUGGCUGCACAAUCGCAUCGGUCAAACCCCGGCAGACACCACACGCACACACACACGCAUCCAUGCAUCCUGAUGGGAUGCUUCAAAUGUGAACCCGCCUUGCUACGUGUGGUGGGAACGUGAUGUCAUCAGUUCGAUGCGACGCGUCACAGCGAUUUCUCUGAUCGUCCCGCCAUCCCACGUAUUUUACUGCGAGCACUUUAAGUUUUUGGUACAUUCCCGUGCUUUAAUGGUUACUAGUGAACCGGCGGGUGAACCGCUGGCUGUACGUGUAUGAUAAGCUGUGUGUACAAAAAGAAAAAUGCUAAAUUCUGCUGUUCACAUGAAGGUGCUGGGAAAACAUCAACCCCUCUUCUUUCCUACCAUUCAACAUUCCAGUAACGUUCCUAUGGACUGGAGAGGCUUUGGAAGGAGGCAGGAAGCAAAAAGCAAUUCCUCGUGGGCCUAAAUUUGAAAUGAUUCCCUCUGUAGACCUGAGAGGUGAGGAGGUUUUGUUGAACCUUGCUUUGAUCAUUUUCUGCAGCCAGGAUUUUCAGCCAUUUCGGUUUGUUUUUGUCAAACAAAACAUGAAGGAUUUGGACCCACCCCUCCUCAGUCUGUCCCAGUUUUCCUUUGUGGUCUAUAUUAAUUGUUUCUUUUCUGUGCCUGUGAUAGAUGUGUGUGUUUUAUGCACAUGAGUUGAGAAUUAACUCAUGCUAUGGACCCAAUUCAUGUUGACGGAUCGCACAACAAAGGCGGAUCCUGGAGGAACCGCUACAGGAACAAGAGGAGCUCCCCAACCCCCCCCCCCCCCCCCCCCCCCCCCCCCCCCCCCCAACCCCCCCCCCCCCCCCCCCCCACCACCACCACUAUUUAAACUGUGAUUGGUUCCUCAUUGUUGUUGCCGCUGCUGCUGCUUCCUCCUCAUUUGGCGCCGCUCCCAGUGCAUUGUGGGAUUGAGAUUUCCCAGCGGUAGGAAUCAAACUCCAUCUGCUGAGCUGACACACACACACACACACACACACAUAGACGCUCACUCGGAAUUGUGGGAGCGCCACAUCCAGGCUCGGGCUUAUCUGAGCAAGCACACAGCUUACAAGCGCGUCUGGCUCUCGUGCAGGAGAACGCUCACGCGGCGUACACACUUGCACCGCCACGCCACCUUCACUGUGAUUAACCAUGUUAGCUGUGAAGAUGAGCAUUUUUUUUAAAUCUCAAAUUAACAAGUUGUGGAUAAAACGUCUCCUCCGUCCCGCCGCUGUGUCCGCCUGUAGUCGCUUUGAACACUGCCACUGAGAAUCCAGCAAUUGCUACUAUCUGCCGUGUGCGAAGCAAUAGCAUCAGUGUAGUAGCUAAUCCGGCCGGUAGCACAGAGCUAGACAUUCAGAAUAGGAACGAAGCCCAAGAGUGGGAAAGGUUCAAGAUGAACAACCAUACCAGCAUCCAGUGUGCCACAGAUCGCUCAGCAUAAAAAUCUAAAAUGUCACCGAAUAGUGAAACAAAUGUGAAAUAUUAGCCUGGACCACGUUGGUGGUGCAUAUAGUAUAAUCAUGUUGCUAAUGCCUUGGAUUGAUAUGUCCUUGCUGCCAUUAGUGGCGUUUUAAUCAGACUUCCAUCUUUGCAAUCCGUUGCUGGUCUGGUCCAUUCAAUAUGAUUACCAGUACAUUACUGUAGACAUUGGGGCCGAUGAGCAGGGGAGACUUUGAGCAGCCUUGUUGCACACUCAGCCAGUCAACGCUUGCACUAAUGCUGCACUCAUUUCACACUGUUUGGGGAGCUUGUUCGCGUUCAUGCGCCGCCAUCCGAGUUUCCUUUUACAAAUACUGUGAAAUAUAUAGAUGAAGUUUAUGAAUUCGUUUUUGAAUGGGUAUUUGUUUGGUUAUCGGUGACUUACAGACUUUUUCAGAUGUCAUUUACCACAGGCUGGGACCUGAUAAUCUCGAUAGGUGAUAUAUAAAUGCAAUACAACUCCAGGAAAACAGCCUAACUCGAUCCUAAUUGGCUCCUGUUGAAGACAGGCUGAAUUCUGAACAGGGUUCGAACUGAAAAACCUUCACCAGCACGCACACAGACUCACUUAAUUCAGCUUGCAGCGCACAGUAGCUACCGUAUUUGCCGGCUAUCGCAAUCAAACUUGAAAGGGAUCUAUAAUUUGAAAUUCCAAUUUGACCCACAUCACUUUUUUUUGCAGUGCGGUGGACGUUUGGUGUGGGAAUUGCCUCUAAAUGCCAGCAAUACUCCCCCGUUUUUACAAAUUUCUUUUCUUCUCCUCCUCAGUGUUGUCAAACAGCUUGGAAACAAACUGUUUAUUGCUCCAGCACUUCCUUGUUUGACUGCGCGGCUCCCCGAGGCGACUGCGGGGUACUGACUAAAUAACAAAAUAACAAACAACCAAAACCUAGUCCCAGUGAAGCGAGUGCACUCGUUUCCCCUCACGCGGAUAAAAACACCAGCUCAGCAGCGCUCAUUUAAAAAGUAUAAGACCACGGGGUGAGCUACAUCCUGUCAAACAACUAUUGUGCUUUUCAUAGUCCAGAUGUCACAGUGGGUGCUUUAAAACCCGAGAGGAAGACGCAUCACAGACUGUCAUCUUUAUCUCAGCACACGCUUUUCCAAAGACAAGGUUUCGGGAGGAAUGUGAGGGUCUGUGUUGGUGCCUGACGCGUCGGUGUGCAGAGAGGGCUGCUAAAUUAUCAAUGAUUACCUUGUUAUAUAUUUAGCGUACUCCUGGAGCGUUCUACACAGACAUGACAACACAGUGAAGUUUCUCAACUUGAACUGCGAAUAUAGAAAAAGAGCAAAAAAAAAAAACAACAAAAAAAAAAGAGCUUGAUUAACUGUGUGUGACGUUGUCUGUUUGUGACUUGCUCGUACGUGAUCAUUUCAACGCGCCGGCGCCACUGGGCGUGGUCCAGUGGAGCUCCACGUCGCCAUGGGAACGCUCUGAUAGCCAUUCUUCUGAUUGACCUGGGAUUGCAUUUAUAUUAAAUGUUCUGGUCCCACGUCCUGCAAAUCCUGUGUCCAUGUGUAGGGAGAGAUGACGGGGAGGUGCGGACAGGGUGAAACCAGAUGAGCUGGGCCUUUACUCCCGGCAGCACCCGUAGACAAACGCCGUGACCUUUUUCCGUCCUCGCCUUUAACACGUGCGGCCGUGCGCUACUCUCUCCUUCGGCGCGCGCUCGACCUUUCGCUCGUCUCCCUGAAGGAGGCGAGCCGAGGUCGUUCCCACCUCGAAUCCAGUGUAAACAUCCAGUUCGUCCGGGCCCUGGGGGUUCCUGAGCCGUGCGGAAUGUUUUAUUUUUGAGCUCUAUUCUCAUCGUCGUCGAGCUACACAUCUUAUUGCUUUUGCUGUGCCUACAAAGAAAAUCUCCUUCAUAUGUGUGUUACUGUGAAUUUUCCAUGUAGAAAUAAGCUUGUACAAACUGUGAUACGGUCUUGUCCUGUGCGUGCGUUGUUGUGAGACCUUUCUUCUUCUUUGGAUCGAUGGGAGCGUGUGAAUGGUUGACUGCGAGUGUGCGUGUGUGCGUCGAGGUGUGUUUAUUUUUAUUUAUUUGUUUAUUUAUUUUUGUCGAUGGGUGUGACAUUCCAGCAGCCACCACCUUUUAUAUUAUCCAAAGCCUCUCAAUAAACAUAUCAUUGUGCCA